AGUUAUACUCAUUACCCAAAAAGGUUAGUCGGACAUACAAGCUUCUAAAAUAUUAAGUUUAGAAACCUGUGGAGUCAACAUUAGCAGAGCACUUCAGCAAAUCAUGAACUAACAUUAGCAUUUGUAUGCUUUGCUAGGUAUUGAAGGUAUACUGAAUGUAUGCUGCUUUAGCUUUUUAAUGAUUGUAGUGAAUAAAGACCUACCCGGCUUUAAAGGAACAGUGCUGAUCUUAAUUUCAUUGUCUUCUGUUUCGAUCGCCGGGUGAUGUGGUCCUUCACUUUUACACUGUGAUCUGUUGGCUUUAGAUUCUGUCUUUAUCUUUUUAACCUGUUUCGGCUGCUGAAUCAGUUUGACAUCCUGCACGUAUCCUUCAGACGCAUAUUAUAGACCAUAGACCGCUUCUCUCUAAAAUAGCCUUUUUUUGUUUUUCCAAAAAGUAGAUGAUAUUUCUUCAUAGAGUGCAGUUAGUUACCAAGGAGCCCACAUUGUCACUGACUGUGUGUAGCAGCGGGGGCGGGACUUAGCAAAGGGUGAAUUUGCCUCGUUAGCAGUGCCGAGCUGGAGCCAGCAUGCAUUUGCAAAAGUCAGAACCUAUGCACAGAAAGGAGUCAUCUUGCUGUGUUGAAAGACUGCUGAGCUGCCAGUCCCUUUUUCAUAAUAAUUUUACAUUAUAUUGUUCAAAUUCUUGUCUUGCCUGCUUGUUUGGUAAGUUGGUUGAAAAGCAUCUUUAAUUGAUUUGUAUUGGCUGUACAAAACACAAUCCAUUGUUCAUUUUAACUUAUUGUUCCCUGUGUUCCUGCAAAAAGACAGUGUUUGUUUCCUGCAGGUGUUUUAAAUAUGAACAUUACAGGACAGUCUGCUGCUGUUAUGAUUCUAAUUGGGUUGUAAUAAAGUUGUAAACAUGGUGAUUAAACAAAUAGUCCUUGUGCUGCAGUUUGUUUGAGCACUCUUGCAUUAUGGGUAGUGUCCCCUGAUAACUAAUGUAUGAGCCCAUGUGCUGCUGGCAUCUCAAGGCUUUUAUAACUUAGAUCUUUGCAUAAUUUAUAGUGCUUUGUUUUUCGUUUGGUCACUUGAUCAAUCGGAUGACAUGGCUCUGCACUGUAAGUGGGGAUGGGGAGGAGCCACUCAAGAUGCAAUCUGGUGCUUUUGUUACACUGAUGAGUCCGCAAUUUUUAUUACCUGCACUAAAGGGAGGAUGCUGAUAUGAGAUUGAUGAGGAUGUCAAAUCUCUGGAGAAUUUACCUGUUUUCUUUAGUUCAUAUAGAGUCACUUUGUUCCUGAAUAUUCAGCUCAGUUAUAGAUUCCAAGGAACUGCCUUCCACAACCUAGAUAAGCUUAUUAUACCAUAACUAUGACGCUUAUUUUUGAAAAUAGAUAUUUGGCAGAACACUGAGACUUGCUGUAUUGAAGUAUUUAUUUGAAAAAAUAAAUAAAUCUGCAAUUCGAUUAUUUUCAUUAUUGAUGUGUCCACAAUUUGUAACACAGUAACAUGGUAAUGCUGUAUUUGUGGUAUGCACCUUAACCAUCAGGUCUUCGGUAGAAAAUGUAAUUUAUUAAAUUUAGUCAAAUCCUGUUCGUGGAAGUUAUAAGAUUCAACAGUAACUCAGUAUGAUCUUUUAUCGACUUUAACAGAAUCAUAUUGUGUUGUAACAAUCUGAUCAUGAUAUUAAUCUACACAUUUGUGAUUUCUAAAGCAGUGAUUUUGAGCAAACUUUGAUCACAAAUUUUCCAAAAUAAGUACAAUUACUGGUUGUUGUUGUAAGAGUUUGUUCUAAUGUAAUGCAUAACGAUGGAAUACAGUUCUUUGCUUUAAUAAUCUAACAUUUGUAGCAUCAUGAUGUGUAUCUAUCGGUAAUUAAUCUUGUAAGUACAAUGAUAAGGAUUUGAACAAUUUCGCCCAGCACUCGUAUUUAGACUAAAGUGAAAUAUGUAACAGUCAAGAUAAGAGAUGUAAGUGGAUUUUGGCUUUUCUACCUCUAGUCCAUUUUGUUCUGCUACAGUGGUUAACUGCACUGUUACAUAUUUGAGAGACCAUGUUGUGACCCACUAAAAAAUCCUCCACUGCCAGUUAUCAAAGACGAGCAGCUUCCACACCUCCACUUUAACGGUUGGAAAACAACAGCGAGGUGUCAUUACUUCACUGUCACCAGCUCAGUUUCACAUUUCGCAAAACUGAAUGGGUUUAUUUUGACAUAAAACAGACAAUACAAUUCAUGGGGACAAAGCAGCACUACUAGGUUCCAUACAGUCUACACAUGAAAGGAUGUUGCUGCUUCUUUUUAGAGGUCCAAGCUGUGCAGGGUAGACCUUUUCACCCAUUAGUAUUUAUCAUAUUCAAAAAUGUUCUUUAUUUAUUUUUCAGUGCAAACUAGUUUUAACUUAAUUAUUUUGUCAAUAUGGAUUCAAAAGCUCUGUAAAUUAAAAAGUCAGUAAAAAGAAAAUGAAACAAUUUGUAAAGGCAAACACUUUGUUUGUUUAGCACGGUGGGUCACAACCAAUUUUUUUUUACCUCAGAGACUAUAAUAGCAAGGCUCUAAGCAGGGAAAUGGGCAAGGGGAUGAAAUCCAGCCAGUCACGAUGGUGUCCUGUUCAGAUGGCAUCCUCCAGUGCGAUGGCACAUGGGGGAGCACCUCAGCAGCACCUGAACUAACUCUUAUUAGUCUACUGACUCUCAUUCACUGACUUGUGAAUUGGAAGACACGUUUUUCCACGUUUGAGUGAUUUGCUGGCUCAGAGUGGGCCUUUUAGGGGGUGACUAUGCACGACAGUAAGCAUGAUCGGUCUGUGUACAUACAGUAUAUAGUAUUGUUUAUCUGUGUGUCUUUAUACGACAGGAAUCUAUGCAUUUUCCGGUUAUUUCUGACGAUUUGAUAACCAACGAUUAUUACCUAUUCUUGAGGAAAUGAAACAUCAAUUAACAAAACUGGUAAAAAAAAAUUAAAUGUGUUGCUUCAAAAUGUAGAGGUUGCUUCAGAGCAUUUCACCCUUCUUUGCUGGCAGACUAUAAAAUCAACAUUGAAGGUGCAUGCUGCUAGCUACGUGGAGAUGCUGGAGGGUGAGGUGGCUUAACAGCCCAAAGAUUAAAGAUUAAAUUCCACCCUUAAAACCACUGGGCGAGUCUGGUACAGCCUGACUCUGGACGCAAAAAACUGAGAUCCCAUAAGCACGAGCUUCAGGCCCAGUCGAAACAAUUCAGCUUAGCUGGCUUAUCCAGCGUCAGGCAUUUAUGCGAUUGUAAAAUCACAAAGUUGCUUUCAGCAGUUAAUGACGACGACAAAUUAGCAAUUGAUUUGUAACUUUUUUUUUUGUCACUUUUCACCAAACUUAUAAACAAACCUUCGGUGAUGUUCCAGUGCAUCUGUUUGGUGUUCAUUGCGACUGUGCCAUUAAUGAAAAGAUCUUAAAGCAUUGCUUGGCCUUUCAGAGUUAAAAGUUGUGAUUUCUGUUAUCGAGACAUCUCUGACAGUCUGUCAACACCAGAGCACAUGAACAGGAAGAGGUGGAAAAAGAACUCGAUGCCGGAGGAGAGUCGAUCGAAGGAACACAGACAGCGGAAGAAAGAAAGAGACAAGCUGCUUUUUUUUUUUUCUUCUUCCAGGGAGCGCAAAAACCCUGCAAUUUAGGGCAUCUUGACUUUUCGAGUAAUCCAUAACUGUGAUUGCUUCAUUCGCCUCUCCACACCCUAUCUUAAACACUGUCUGCUUGUUCUUGUUCACCCCCUGCAUCAUAAGUUUAACCACUUAUCCCCACCUUCACCAAAGAGAUAUGAUGGAAGAUAUAGGCAAGCAUUUUCAUUUGGCAGAAUCACUUGGAGGGAGCUGUGGUUUGAUUGCGGUGAAAUGAUAUGCGUUGACGUAGAGCAGAGUGGGAUUGACCUGUUGCGCUGAGAGCUUCAUGAAAGCUGAAGACACGGAUAUCUGUUCAUGAUAUGUCUUAUGGGCCGCAAUGAGAGGACUGCGUUAGACACAGAGCAUUGGAGCCAUUCUUUCUUUCAGCACCCAGUCAACAAUCUCUCCAGUUUCUCUGUUCAUUAAGUUUGAAGGAACAUCGUUGUUGGCCUAUGUAAAUGAGAUACAGCGUUCCCAUGUCAACUGAGGGGAGAUUUGGAGGAAGCUGUGGAAACGACUUCCCUCUUCAGGGUGGCUGUCUGUGCAGGUCUGCGUUUUCUCAUGUGAAAAGGAUCAAAGCGAUCUCACUCAGCCCUGUUAAGAAAGAUAGAUGUACGAAUGUGGGGAAUCAAAUCCGCUUCAAAAGGGAACACCACUGGGAGCCAGAGAGAUGAGAAGGCAGUGAGAAAAUAGGGAACCAGUGUGAAAUCGCUCCUGUUUCGCUGUAAGAGAAGAGAACACAGCUGUCUCCUGCCGUCCACAGACUGUUCACGUGGGCAGGCAAUAAGGCUUGACAGAAGAUGCGACGGGGGUGGUGGCUCGUCAGAUGGCUGGGGACAGGAAUGGCAAUCCUCUCUUUGCUAACCCACAGCUGGGGCCAGGACACAGAAGACUGGCAGUAUGAGGAAUGCAAGCUGUCCCGGCCAGGCCCCCCUGCAACCAUAGUGACCAUUGAUGAGGAGAGCCCCAACGGUACCGUUUUGGUGGAAAACAUGCAGAUAAAUGGCCGAGCCCAAGACCCAGGCAGAACCAUCUCACUGACGUUGCUUGACAACUAUUACUACUGGGUGAUACUGGAACCAGCACGACAGAGGCUCUACCUCAACAGCACCGGGCGCAUUCUGGACAGAGACCCACCCAACUACAUCACCACCAUCGUGGUUCAGGUCCAGUGCACCAAUGAGCUGGUUGGUACUGUCAUUUUCCACGAGGUACGGAUUGUUGUGAGGGACAUGAAUGACAACACCCCUCGCUUUCAGCAGCCACGCUACUAUGUUGCCGUAAACGAGCUCACACCAGUUGGAACGACCAUUUUCACUGGCUUCUCAGGAAAUAAUGGAGCUACGGACAUUGACGAUGGGCCCAAUGGACAUAUAGAAUAUGGCAUCCUUUACAACCCCAAUGACCCGGCAUCAAACAGUACAGUGAGUGUUGCAAACACCCUUUCAGGACACAUUAUUCUGGCAGAGAGGCUAAACUAUGAGGAGAGAACUCGCUACCUGGUUUUGGUCCAAGCUAAUGACCGCGCUCCAUACCCACCCAACAGACGAACUGCUACCACAACUCUGACUGUGGACGUUCUGGACGGAGACGACCUGGGCCCCAUGUUCCUGCCCUGCGUUUUGGUGAACAACACCCGUGACUGCAACCCCCUCACCUACCGUGUUGCUAUCCCUGAAUUCACUGAACCGAGCAAACUGAACCCACUGAAUGUCACCCCUGCAAUCCGGGCCGUGGACAUGGACAGAAACAUACAGCCUCCAUCCGACAGACCUAUAAUUCUUUACUACAUCCUGGUUGGUCAUCCAGUCACAUAUCCAGAGUAUUUCUCCCUGAAUAGAACCACUGCAGAGCUGCGUGUCCUGCAGCCUAUCAGCAGGGAUUUGUAUCAAAGGUUCACUCUCAUCAUCAAGGCUGAACAGGACAACGGCCACCCCCUCCCAGCUUAUGCUGACCUCAUUAUCGAAAUCCUGGAUGAGAAUAACCAGGCACCAUAUUUCCAGUUUUUCACCUAUCAGGGCUAUGUGAGUGAGUCCUCCCCAGUGGGUACGACUAUCUCAGCCAGUGCCAACCUCACUGCCCCACUGGGAAUCAUCGCUCUGGAUAAUGACAUUGAGGAGACGAAAGACCCCAUGGUGAAGAUUACCCUGGAUGACUACGCUGCGAUCUUCAGCCUGACCCCAACUGGGAUGAUCCGCUACCUGAGGCUCAUCAGACCUGUGGACCGGGAGAAGCAGAUGGCCUAUACCUUCACGAUGGUGGCAACAGACGGCGUCCAGCAGAGUAUCCCAGUAACUGUCAACAUCCUGGUCAUUGAUGCCAAUGACAAUACGCCCACAUUUGCCGAGGUCUCCUACAGCGUUGAGGUCUUCACAAACAUGCAGCCUGGGGAAACGGUACUACAGUUAACAGCAGCAGAUGCUGAUGAGGGACUGAAUGGUCUGGUGACCUAUGAGAUACUGGCUGGUGCCCAGGGACAUUUCAUCAUUACUAAUCGCACUGGACGCAUCACUGUGACGCCUGACGUCACUUUAACUGUGGGACGAUCUUACGCACUCACUGUCAAGGCCUCUGACAAUGCGCCAGAGACCCAGAGAAGGAGCUCCAUCACUACAGUGUACAUUGAAGUUUUGCCUCCCAACAACCAGAGCCCCCCACGCUUCCCUCUGCCCGCCUACAACCUGGAAGUCAGCGAGGCCAUGAGGAUAGGAGCUAUUCUGCUCAAUCUGCAGGCCACAGACAGAGAAAACGACCCGAUCACAUAUCGCGUUGUGAGUGGGGAUUCCCAGAAGGUCUUCAACCUCUCUGAAACGAUUGGCCUCCUGCUUCUGAGAGAGUCUCUGGACAGAGAGACCACAGAUCAGUACCGUCUGAUUGCCACAGCCUCCGAUGGGAACCCUGGAGGGACAUCCACUACUACUGUGAACAUAGUCGUCACUGAUGUCAACGAUAAUGACCCUGAGUUUGACCUCACCAUACCCACAAAUUUUACUGUCCAAGAAGAAAAGGCCAAUUUGUUUGUCGGACAAGUCACGGCCACAGAUCCAGAUGCAGGGGUUAAUGGACAGGUGCUCUACCGGAUCGUGAAUCAACCAGACUUGUUUAUAAUUGGUGCUAACGGUAGCAUCUACACAAGAGUGCCUCUUGACCGGGAGCUUAGGAGCCAAUAUGACCUGGUGGUAGAGGCCUCAGAUGGGGCAGUGGAUCCACGGCGGACCACCUUGACCGUCUCAGUCCAGAUCACGGAUAUCGAUGACAACAGCCCAGUCUUCUCCCAGCAAACUUAUGCGGUUAACGUACCUGAGAACAGCCCAGUGGGAACUCUGGUCCUAAAGCUAAGCGCGGUUGACUCAGACCUCUUUUCCAAUGUCACGUAUCGGAUCAAGACUGAGUCGGCCAGGCAGCUGUUUUCUCUAAACCCUGUCACUGGGGAGUUAGCUGUGCUGCAGACCCUGGACUUCGAGGACCUGGCUGGUAUGGGCAUGGGGGCCUCUUUCACUUUCCAGGUGGAAGCUGUCGACCAACGAGGGGUCAUGCCCCCAGGGCAGACCACCGUCACAGUCCGCAUCACGGACAUGAAUGACUUCUCCCCCAUCUUCACCCAAGAUCUGUAUAAGGGCUUGGUGGCGCCCAAUGCAGAGAAAGGAACUGUCAUCACAACUGUUUUUGCUGAGGACCGAGACCCACCAGGUACUCCGGCAAGUUUUGUCCGCUACAGAGUGGACCUGGACAGGUCACCGUACAGCGGGAGCAUCUUUGAUGUGGAAGAGGUAACUGGAAGAGUCAUCACUAAGGUCAACCUCAAUGAAGAGCCCAGUGUCACCUUUAAGUUGUUUGUGAUAGCCUAUGAUGAUGGAGAGCCUGUGAAGUCUAACGGCACUUCGGUGGAGAUCACUGUUCUUCAGCCUUCCCGCAUCCCGAUCUUCACCCAGGAGGACUACAGGUUUCCUCUGGUUAGUGAGCUGGCUCCAUUUGGCACACCGGUGGGGACUAUUCUAGCUGCUGCUGUCAAUCAAACCAUCUUCUACUCCAUUGUGGCAGGAAAUGAACUAGGUCAUUUUCGGGUGAACAACAGGACCGGUGUCAUCUCCAUAGCUAAACCUUUGGAUUACGAAAAUGUGACCAGCUAUGUCCUCCGGGUGCAGGCAGACUCUAUGCUGGUUGUCAUGUCCAACCUGCGGGUGCCUUCUAAAACUAACACAGCCAAGGUGUUCAUUGAGGUGCAGGAUGAGAACGACCACCCUCCCGUCUUCUCCAGGAGGCUCUACAUAGGCGGCGUGACGGAGGACACCAAGAUUUUCAGCACUGUGCUCAAGAUAGUGGCCACUGAUAAGGACACUGGGAAUUACAGUGAGAUGGCAUACCGCCUGAUUAUCCCACCCACACCUGAGGGCCAGGACAGCUUUGUCAUCGAGACAUACACGGGUGACGUCAAGUCGGCCACCAUGUUUCGAAAUAUGCGCAGGUCCUACUUCAGGUUUGAAGUUAUUGCAACAGACGACUAUGGAAAAGGUCUCAGCAGCAGGGCUGAAGUGGUGGUUUCUGUGGUCAACGCGUUGGACAUGCAAGUUGUUGUGUCCACUGUCCCGCCCACUUUAGUGGAAGAGUAUAAAGAGCAGCUCAUUAGUGUUUUGGAGCGCCACAUCCAGGAUCAAAUUCCAGGUGCCAAAGUGAUUGUAGAGUCAAUCGGGCCACGUCGUCAUGGGGAUGGCUUUGAACUAGAGGACUACAGUAAGUCGGACCUGAUGGUGUACGCCAUUGACCCGCUCACCAACAGGGCCAUUUCACCCAAGGAACUUUUCAAAUUUCUCGAUGGGAAUGUGCUGGAAAUCAACAAGGAGUUCCAGCCAUAUCUUGGCGAGGGCGGCCGCGUCCUGGAGAUCCGCUCCCCGGACAUUGUGGCCAGUGUGAAGAAGGCGGCCCAAGCUGUGGGCUACACAGAGGGAGCUCUCCUGGCCCUGGCCAUCAUCAUCAUCCUCUGCUGCAUCCCUGCCAUCCUCAUCGUCAUGGUCACCUACAAACAGUUCAAAGAGCGACAGGCAGAGUGUGCCAAAACUGCCAGGAUCCAGAUGGCUUUACCACCAGGAGGGAAAGCAGCUCCGGCGGGUGCUCCCAGUGCUAACCUCUAUGAGGAGCUGGGCGACAGCAGCAUCAGGCGAGGCAGACAGCAACAGCAACUGCUGAGGCCAUCUCUUCUGAGACCUGAGGAACUCUCAAUGGAGUCAGGUAUCGACCCAGGCCAGGACUACACACAAGACUACUAUAAUUACGACCAAGGGUAUGACAUUCCUCAGUAUGGCAGCCGGAGGAGGCUGAUACCUCCCAUGUAUGAUGAAUAUGGAGAGGUGAUCAUGGAGGAUGAUGGGUAUUUCUACAGUCCUCAAGGCGCCGAGCCUGGGAAAAAGAAGCGGAUUAAGCUGGUGGUAGAUCGGGAGAAUGAGACCAGCUCCACAGGGGAGGAGAGCACCACAGAGACUCAGCGAAACCGACUCCCCAACAGCCACAGCAACAUCAACGGGAACGUCUAUCUCGCACAGAACGGCACUAUCGUCCGAACUUGGCGGCCACCCCACCCAAACAACUUGAAGGUGGGCUCUCCGUGCCGGCUCGGUAAGCAUUUUAAAAAACUAGAGAAGUUGGGGGUGACUCAUGAAGAACCCCCACCCAUUCUUGGCGUUGAUGACACAGGAAACGAUACAGAAAAUGGAGCAGGUACAUGUGUUCCCUCUAACGUGGACAUCAACCUCAACAGUCGGCCCUCCUGUGGCUCCCUUGGAUCGACCGUCACAGAUCUUAAAAGUUUUGGGUCCAAAACCAAUAUUUCCAAGGUCUUGAUUGACAGAAACAGCAGUGGCCCUUGUGUCAAUGAGGAGCAGGAGACUUCAGUUGACAACCACAAGGAGAGUAGGGAGACACUGGAGUCUCACAGUGACCACACAUUAUCAGACGAGGAAGAGUUAUGGAUGGGACCCUGGAACAGCCUGCACAUACCAAUGACAAAACUCUGACUUACCAUGCAGAAAAUACAUCUCCUUUUUGUUAUUUUCCUAUCUUUACCACUUUGUCUUUGUGAAGAAAAUGAUCAUAAAAAAAUGAUUGCGUGCCUCAAGUGGAUAAGCUCUGAUCACUGUCUACAACAGGCGAUUGCACUUCAAGUCAAAUUUGAUUUAACCAUAAUACAUUAAGCUUACUUUCACCAAGCAUUUAUCAAAGACAGGGCUAUUACAGAUGGGACCAUAGCGCUGCAAGGCAAUGAGUGCCUCAAAGAAAAAUGAAUUUUUAUGUGAACCGUUGACUGUAAUUUUAAGUCUUUAUUCAAGACAGAAGAUGGGCCUCCUUUAUUGAGUGAUUCCAUGUUUAACUUUAUUUUCUCAGUUUGAGUUUUUUUGUUUUUUGUUAAACAGAUCACAAAGAGAUUGUAAUUAGUUCCACUAUAGAUAUUUACAGAAUUGUGAUUAUACAGUAAAGUAAAAGAAAAUUAUUUUGCUAAAAGCAUUUUACUUGCAAAUAAGUAAGAUUGUCUUGAUUAUUUUAUGUCGUGAUCACUUGACAAUGUUUUUGGAAAUUUCUGAAAUUAUAUGAAAUUAUUUUUGUCUAUUUUGUAUCUAACAGAGAUGGAGAAUCUAACAUAUGACAUUAAAGACAAAAUA